AUGAGACCAAAUCUGGUGGUAGUUGGAUUCGUAAACGCCACCGCCACCACCGGUCACUAUGAACAGAACCCUUGGUUCUUCCAACCUUAUGACGUCACAUCUAUAGGACUCUACGUCGACGGAAUACCGGCGGGUGGCAACCCUUUAAAACUCAAGUACGGAGCGACCGGUGGUCAGACUACCAUUUCCGUUCUAAGGAACAUGUUACAAUCGACAGGGAAAUGGCUCAACGAUGCCGGUUCUGACAUAGAAAGGGACGACGUUGCACAAGGAUAUGCACUCUACACCUUCGAAUUGGAACCUACCUUUCAAACCAAUCAAUAUCUCACCUUGUUUAAACAGGGAAACAUCAGACUAGAGGUCAUCUUUGGAACGGCACUGACAGCGGCAGUGUCCUGUAUCAUUUAUUGCGAAUAUCCGGGCUAUUUCGAAAUCAACGCUGCAAGAGACAUAGUGUUAUUAUGA